AGCAAGCCUUGUUUGAAUUAAAUGUUACAGAUUGAAAUUUAGCAUUGAGAAAAGCCUGAGCCAUCAUAUUACCAAGUUGGACUUGGGAAACCCACUGGUAUACCAUUAGCAUCCACUUUUAUUACAUUUGGGAGUUCAAUAUCCAUCUGUGCUUGUCUCACUACAUGUAUAAAUUUUUCUACAAACAGUGGUUUUGGAUAAUGUAGAACUACCUGCAAAAAAAGCAAAAAGCAAAAAAAGGAACUUGAAAGAAAACACUAGUACAAUGUUUUCAAAUUAGCAGGAGUAGUACAAGUGAGUUAUCCUGCGGAUGAAGAAGCUAAAACCCAACUUGUAAUAUUCUGUGAAGUUGUGGUCACUUUAUUAAAAGGGUGUCAAUGCUUUUGUUAACUUCUAGUUAAGUAACUCUUUUUCUCCAUCUGAAUUUCUUUAUGGUGUAUAGAAAUAAUCUUUUUACAUAUCUUAUUAUACCUUACAUGUUUCUCAAUGAAUAUUGACAAGAUAAUGGGUAAGAAAGCGACACAAGAAAUCAAUAUUGAGAAGGCUAGAUGGGAUGCGGAGACAACAGAGUUGUUUUUAAAUUUAUGUGUGGAAGAAAUUAGGGCUGGAAAUCGUCCUAACACCCACUUCAGCAGAGUAGGAUGGUCUAAUUUGGUGCAGAAAUUCAAUGAUAAGACUGGAAAAAGCUAUGAUAAGGUCAAAUUGAAGAACAAAUGGGAUAAUUUGAAACUUAUGUGGAAAGACUGGGAUACUCUUGUUGGAAAGGAGACUGGCUUAGGAUGGGAUUGCGAGAAAAAAACAAUUCAAGCGAGUUCUGAAUGGUGGAUUAGGAAGAUCAAGGAAAAUCCAAAUGUAGAAAAAUUCAGAGAAAAAGGUUUACAAUGUCGAGAGUUGAUGGAAAUGUGUUUUAAAGAUGUUGUUGCUACCGGUGAGCAUGUAUGGGCGCCAUCAUCUGGGAUUUUACCGGAUAGCAUACUUGGAAGUCGUUGGUUUCAAGAUGAGAAAGAAUUCGAGUUUGACACUCCAACGAGUAAUGAAGAGGUUAUUGUGGAUGAUUACUUAAGAAGUGACACAAGAGAAGGCUUGGAUCAGAUUAACCUAGAAGAACCAGAAUUAUUUGAAAAAAUAAACAUCAAUGAAAGUGGUAACAAAACGAAAAAAAGAAAAGCAUCAUCAAUUACAACUGAAAAGGAAAAAAACAAAGUCAGUACAGGUAUAAUGAUCGCGAAAUCAAUGGAGAAAAUUGCAGAAGCUGUGCAAUUUCGUGCUGGAAUGAGUGUGGGGCCAAAAAACACUCCACUCGAUAUUCAAAGUGUUAUGAAUGUUGUCCGUAACUUGCCUGGUAUAGUUGUUCGUAGUGAACUAUGGUGGAAAGCGAGUAUGUUAUUGGUCAAGCAACCAAUGAGAGAAAUGUUUUUAGCACAGAAAGACCCACAGUCACAAUUGGAGUGGUUGGAAAAGAUACCUUAA